UGGGUGAACUUGUCACAAAAUGCCAUCCGAACUCGAUGAUGAUCACAUUGCUCGAACCGUAUUGGUAUGCGACAUUCCAGUCAGCGCUGAAGAACAGACAGUGCGGGAUUUCUUCAGUAUAUGUGGCCGUUACACCGAGUUCCAACUUCCCAGGUCGGAGAAUGGACGAACAUGCCAGGCCGUCAUAUCUUUUGAAAACGAGGAAAGCGCUCGCAUGGCUCUAACGCUAUCGGGCAUGUUGAUAAAUGACAAGAAAAUAACUGUCCACUUGUUAUCGGAAGUACCGCCCGGUGGACUGGCCACUUCCCACUCAAGAUAUGCUGAACUUCUUGCGUCAGGAGUUCUGCGCGCCGAGCGAAUCGAUGAGAGAUUUGGGAUCACCGAUACUGCGUCCGGGAUCGCAACGAGGGUGCAGGGACUUGAUGAGCGGCUGGGUGUCACAUCCACAGCGCAGAAGGUGGCGGACCUUCUCAAAGUGAAAGAAUGCGUUGGCAUAGCUGUCAGUGCGGCAUCCAGCGUCGGUGGCAAGGCUCUCAAAACCUCGAUAGGGCAAAGAAUUCAUACAGCUUACGAGUCUGUGAAGGAAAACGUUAUAGAGAUUGCUGAGGAUACCAUGACGGUCUUGGAAGAGAAAAAGCGAUCGGAGGCAGUUCCAGCUAGGGAAAACCUGAAUGCGGAGGACAAAGGGAUAGCAGCACGCAGUUCAAGACAGUCUGCACUUGAUGAAUACCCCGAUCCAGAAUAGCCCGUGUAAACGUUCACAAAUAUGAAAAUAUGGUCCGGUAUCGCAAAACUUGUCUGAUACCUAGGUCGACGGAACACUGGCUCGUCGGGUAGUAGCGUCUACUUGGGCCAGGACACACUAUUCCGUUGAGCCGUGUGCC